GGUGGGGGGCCCCGCGAUAUGCGCUAUCGCCUCAUGGCGUGGUACUGCCGCCUCCAGCACAUCUACUCUGGUCGACGCGUCCUCGGUGGCAGCGCCUACGAUCUCUUCAGCAUCGACUCGCGCUUCCGGCGCAUGAUGACCGUGGGCCAAAACGGCACCGACUGCUACGUCUUUGGCUACGAUGCGGACAACCGCUUGACGGAGAUCACACGACUGAGCCUCUUGUCCCGCGUCGACUUGACGUGUUUUGGGCUCGAAUCCGGCAAGCGCGUGCGCCCCGACGCUUGCGUGUCCCCAACGACCCCGGCACCGAGCCUCGCGGUCGGUUGCGUGCACCUACCAAGAGGCAACCGCGGUCUUGACAUCGAGUUUGGCGCCGAGCACUCGCCGUGGCUGGCAUAG